GUUCGAUACAAUUUCAUGUGAUUCAGUAAAAACAAUAGAAAUUUCCUCAUUAAGAAAUCAUCUAUUUUCUUAGCUAUUAGAUGAAGGAUUCAUAAAGUUUCAUAAAAUCAAUAUAAAUAAUAAUAAAGAAAAUAAAAAGGAAUUAAAAAAAAAAAUGCUUGUAGAUGUAAAAAAGGGCGGAGUUACUACAAUCCCUGGAUUGAAUCAGAUACAAUUUGAAGGAUUUUCUAGGUUUAUUGAUCAAGGUUUAAUGGAAGAACUUUCUAAGUUUCAAAAAAUUGAAGAUCUAGAUCACGAAAUCCAGUUUCAUUUAUUUGUGGAAACAUCUCAAUUGGUAGAACCGUUGAUCAAGGAAAGAGAUGCUGUGUAUGACUCACUAACAUAUUCUUCUGAAUUCUAUGUAUUGGCAGGAUUAAUUUGGAGAGCAAGUAAGGAUCGAUCUACACGUAUGCAAGAACAAAUCAUUUUUCUUGGCAGCAUUCCUCUAAUGAAUUCCCUGGGAAGUUUUAUAGUAAAUGGAAUCUAUAGAAUUGUGAUCAAUCAAAUACUACAAAGCCC